AUGGCCGGGGCCGGCUGGGCCCCGCCGCGCCUGGACGAGUUCAUCCUCACCGAGCGCCUCGGCGCCGGCACCUACGCCACCGUUUACAAGGCCUACAGGAAGAGGGACACGCGCGAGGUGGUGGCCAUCAAGUGCGUGAACAAGAGGAGCCUCAACCGGGCGUCAGUGGAGAACCUGCUGACGGAGAUUGAGAUCCUGAAGACCAUCCGGCACCCACACAUCGUGGAGCUCAAGGACUUCCAGUGGGACAGCGACCACAUCUACCUGAUCAUGGAGUUCUGCGCCGGGGGGGACCUCUCCCGCUUCAUCCGGAUGCGCAGGAUCCUCCCCGAGAAGGUGGCACGCAUCUUCCUGCAGCAGCUUGCCUGCGCCCUGAAGUUCCUCCAUGACCGCAACAUCUCCCACCUGGACCUCAAGCCGCAGAACAUCCUCCUGAGCGCCCCGGAGAACCCCCAGCUGAAGCUGGCAGAUUUCGGGUUUGCGCAGUACAUGUCGCCAUGGGACGAGAAGCACGUUCUGCGGGGCUCCCCGCUCUACAUGGCCCCCGAGAUGGUGUGCCGCCAGCAGUACGACGCCCGGGUGGACCUGUGGUCGGUGGGCGUCAUCCUUUACGAAGCGCUUUUUGGGAAGCCGCCCUUUGCCUCCCGCUCCUUCACCGAGCUGGAGGAGAAGAUCCGCAGCGACCGGGCUGUCGAGCUGCCCAGCCGGCCCCUGCUCUCCCCGGAGUGCCGGGAUCUCUUGGGACAGCUCUUGGAGAGGGACCCUUUGAAACGCAUCUCCUUCGAGCGCUUCUUUGCCCACCCCUUCGUGGAUAUGGAGCACGUCCCCGGCCCCGAGAGCCUCUGCAAGGCGACUGACCUGGUGGUGGAGGCGGUGAAGAAGGAUCAGGAGGGGGACGCUUCCGCUGCCCUCUCCCUCUACUGCAAAGCCCUGGAGUAUUUUGUGCCAGCUCUGCACUAUGAAAGCGAUGCUCGCCGGAAAGAAGCCAUCCGGGCCAAGGUGGGGCAGUACAUCUCCCGAGCAGAGGAGCUGAAGGCAUUGGUCACCUCCAGCAGCAAGAGCCUCCUGCAGCAAGCGAACCCGGCCCGAGAGCUCCUUAAAGAGAUGGCCAAGGACAAGCCUCGGCUCUGCGCUGCGUUGGAAAUGGCUUCUGCUGCCAUCGCUAAGGAGGAGGAAGGCAAAGAUGACGGUGACACCCUGGAGCUCUACCAGCAGAGCCUGGGGGAGCUGCUGCUCCUCCUGGCCGCGGAGCCUGCGGGGAGGCGACGGGAGCUGCUCCACGCGGAGAUCCAGACCCUGAUGGCCCGAGCUGAGUACCUGAAAGAUCAGAUGAAGAUGCGGGAGGCACAGUCCAUGGGCAAGGAGGCGCUGGCGGAGCCCGUCCGGAGCACCUGUACCUUGCAGUGAUGCCGAGGAGCCGGCCGGCGGGAUGCUGCUCACCGCCCCGGCGCUGCCGUGCAAAGAGAUGCCGUCGGCGGGGCAGAGGAAAGGCGAGGCUUUCAUCCCGACCGCGUCGGGGUAACCACCUCGGGGGCUCACCCUUGGGUUCCCAACCCCGGGGGGUCCCACGGGUGGGUCCGCAGGGCCGUCUGCCCCUCU